GAUCGCUAACUUGUGAACAAACGGAAUAAAUCACGGAGUGUGACGGUAGAGCAGGUGCCAUCCGCAAAACCAGAUUUUCGAUGGUAAAGGCACCACUAUUAUCGACCGCUUCCCAGCAGCAGCAGCAGAAGCCCCAGUGCCCGAAGGAGAUCAUCCACCAGCCGUCUACGGUGGCGCUGUCCUGUUCCGCCUCCUCUUCCUCCACGUCCUCGCAGGUGCUGAUCCAGGCCCAGCCGCCACACCAGCAACAUCAUCACCACCAUCAUCUCCUUCCUGCCCAUCCGGUGCAGCUUCAGCAGCAGCAGCAGCAGCAGCAGCAAUCUCAGCAACAGCAGCAACCAUUAUUCAGCUUCCCUCCACCACUAACAGCAGCUGCCACGGCAGCACACGCGACCGCAUACUAUCCGAUCGGCACGGUGAAGAAGCAUCGCCGGGUGCAGAUACAGAUGGCCACAGAACCACCGAUCGGGGUCGGCACGACGGGCGGUAUCGUGGUGACGAAAACGGCCACAUCAGCCGCCAUCGCGGUAGUAGCUCCUACGGCACGGAACGCCGUCGCUAUGGCCACCGGUGGUUCGCUGAACAGCUGCGUUACGACCGGCACGGGACCGGGCACGGUUUGUAGUGGAGCUGGCAAUGGUACCGUGGCCGUACAGACGGUCGCUACCAGCCAGGCACAGCAGCCCAUUCUAACGCUUGCACCGAGCACCGGAGCGGUGGCGGCAUCGACCGGCCUCAAAGUGAACCAACCCACGCUGCAACAUCAGCGCAUUCAGUCGAUGCACCACAUCCAUCACCAUCAUCAUCAUCAGCUUAUCAACGGUAUACCGGCAACGGCUGGUCAACGCAUGCCGGCCAAUGCAGCUGCGGCGGCAGCUGUCGUAGCGUCAACGGCGACCCACACGACGCACAAUCAGGCAGCGGCGGCUGCUGCCGCUGCCGCCGGUUGGCCAAUGGUCGAACCGGUGUUCCAUUUCGGGCCCGGGUUCGAGCUAGAAACACGUCCAUUCUGUCCGGCCCAUACACCACCGUCGGAGCACGUUGUCCUGUUUCACGUACGGCCGGGGGUAGCAGUCACGUUCCAGAUUGCAGGCAACCGGGAAACUAUUCGAGGACCCGUCACACUGCCAAUGGUGUCGCAGAAUGGUACGCCCCCGAUGGCGAUGCCGAUGCGGGUACCUCACGGCCACAUGAUGCAGCAGAUAGUGGACGAAAAUGGCACGCUGCGACACGUCAUCCUUUCCACCCAGCCGCCCCAACCACUCCGGCAAGGCAAUGUCCAGCAUCAUCUGCAUCCGUCAGCAUUUAUAAAUGGUACGACGGGACCAUUUUUCAAUACGAUCGCCGCCAGCUACCCAACAGGGCCCGGUGCCGGUGCACCGCAAAUGUAUCCACCGCAGCUGAUCGGAGCGAACGGUGGUAAUGUUGGCGGUACCGGUGCCGGUUCUGGUGUCGCUGGUAACCAUGGGCUUCACACACCGCAAGGAAACGUGCCACACUCACCGUCACCUCCGCACACGAACACCAGCUACCACAAGGACGAGCGAGCCCAGCGGCAGCAUUCGAAACUGCAUCGAAAGCUGGACCAGAAGCAGCGGGAAUUGAAUGCAUCUGCAACGACGCCGAUCAAUUCCCCACGAAAACAUGCCGAACUGAAUGGGAGCGGUGGUGGUGUAAGAAAAUCCCAACACGCCCCACAACACCAUCUGCUGCCUAAUCACAUGAAUCACCGCAACGGGACGGCAGCCGUUGCGAUUACCAAUCCGUUGGCGACGUCCGAGGAGGAAACGUCCAGCGCACCGGACGAGGAGGACGAUAACACGCAAUCCAUCAUUGUGGACCACCUGAGCUCGGUACCAUCUCCGCAGGUUACUGAAAUUACACCCCGAACGGCACUACUGCAAUGGUCACCACCAACACCGGUACCGGUACAGGGUCCACCCCCGGUGCUAACGGGCGGACCCGUCCCGGUCGUUCCACCUCCACCCAUCCCCGGUGCCUUGGAACCGUUACCGUUCAAUGUGCAGGAUCUUCACUACGAGGUGCUGCUGAGCGAUCACGGCAAGGAGAACAAGUAUAAGAGCAUUUUCAAGGGUUCGUCCCUAUCGUGCAAGGUGCAGGAUUUGCGACCGGGUAAGGAGUAUACGGUACGAUUGCAGGUCUAUCUGGACCAGCUACACGGUUCGCCGACGGAACCGACGGUCUUCAAUACGCCGUGCUGUGAACCGGAUACGCCGGCACCGCCAAAACUAAUAGCUCGUACCAAGAACUCGCUCCAGCUGCGCUGGAAUGCACCGGCUGAUAAUGGAUCACACAUCAUACAUUACGUGCUGGAGUGCGAUAAUGGGAAGAGUGCUGGUUCGGCGGUAAACCAUUCGCAGCAGCAGCAGCAACAGCAGCAACACUCGAUGCAACACUUGAGCUACGAGUUUGUUGAGGUGUCCAAAACGAAGGUUAAGCAGUUCCAGCUGAACAAGCUACAACCCUCGACGUACUACGUGUUCCGGUUAUCGGCGGUGAAUGAGUACGGUCGGAGCGGGUACUCCGAUGUGGUGAAGUAUAGUACCGUGGGCAAUGCGCCCGCCCAACCCUGUCCGCCCACGUUGCGCCAUGCAACGGCUACCACGCUAAAGCUGGCCUGGCAGCGUCGAUCACCGUGCGAAGAGUACACGCUCCAGAUGAAUGACGAUCAAGGGUACGGAUAUCGGAACAUCUACAAUGGCAUGGAUACGCUGUACGAGUGCAUCGGACUGCGGCGUGCUUCAACAUUCCAGUUUAGAUUAAGGGCAGAAAACGAUAAUGGACGAGGACCGUGGAGCGAGGAAGUUGUGUUCCGGACGCUACCGACCUGUCCGGGUCGGCCAGCAAAACCACAGGUGAAAGGGAAGGUCCACGCGAACGGAUUCCGGGUAAAGUGGGAUCCACCGCACGAUACGGGUGGAGCUGAGAUUGCUCUGUACCAUCUGGAGAUAAGUUCCGGCGCGUCGUAUGAUCGCGUGUACAGUGGCAAAGAGUCGGAAGCAACGAUUGAACGACUAAAUCCCGGUACAGCGUACCAGAUCCGGGUGCUGUGUGAAGGUCCCGGAGGUAUUAGCACCUUUUCCGAGCCGUGUCUUGUAACGACAGAACCGGUAACACCUGGACCACCCCAGAAACCCUACUGCAAGUCACCGCCGACACCGUACGCAGCGUGUUUGGGCUGGGACAAACCGGACUACAAUGGCGGAUCACCUGUGCUAGAGUACGAGAUGGAGGUGGAGACGGUUAGCACGAAGGUGCGCAGUGCCGUGUUCCGUGGCAAGGAGAUGUUCUGUGUCGCGAAGGAUUUACUACCCGGUGAACAGUACACUGUGCAGGUGCGUGCGCUGAAUCGUAUCGGUGCCGGUCCUUGGUCGGAGGAGUUCACCUUUACGGCUGGCGCAGCACCGCCCGAAUCACCGCGCGAUCUUUCGAUCGUCCUCAAAUCGCCAACGCAUUUAACUGUGAUGUGGGCCGAGCCGCACAGCAACGGGUCACCGAUAAGCGAAUACAUUCUUCAAUCCAGUGCCGAUUCCAGCGUGUCGUCCGUCGCGGAUGAUCACACCAACAACACCACCACGACGACCAGCAGUACCAGCGCCGGUAGUGACGCCAACUACCAGACGGUGUACCGGGGCGCCCACCGGUCUGCCGAUGUGCGCAAUCUGCAUCCUCACUCGCGGUACCACUUCCGGGUGUGUGCGCUAAAUGCGGCCGGCUGUUCCCGGUACUCGGUAUCGAUCAGCCAGCAGAUGCCGGCAGCCGCACCGAACGCACCGACCCUCGGCGGACCGAAGGUAACGGCCAAGAGUAUACUUAUUAGCUGGCAGACGCCGCAUGAUAACGGGUCACCGGUGACGCAGUACAAUAUCGAGUGUGGCGAUCGGUUGAUCACGACGGAUAGUGCCAGUGCAGCCGCAAUUGCAGCUACCUCGCCGGAUCAUACGGCCGCCGGGUAUCAUCAUCACCAGCACCACAAUCCAGCCGCAAGCGCCACCGAUGAGUACGACGCCGAGUACGACGAGGAGGAGGAGGAGGAAGAGGAGGAAGCAUCCGUCGGAAGUGCGGCAUCGACCGAUGCCGAGGACGAACCAUCAUCAACGAACCAGCCGCCACCAGCGAAUUUAGUAGAUAACAAAUUAGGCAAACUAGCAGCAUCAUCUGCUGCCGGCAGCCCAGCACACUCCACCAAGAGCAACGGCAAAUCACCAGCAACGGCGCAUCAGGUCGCUGCUACCGGUGGUGGUGGUCGUAGCAGCAACAUGCUGUUGAUCAGCGAUCUGCACCCAGAAACGACGUACAAGCUGCGAAUACAGGCGGUAAACAGUAUCGGAGCCGGACCAUUCUCUAGCUACAUCAAAUUCACCACCUCUCCACUACCGCCCAAACCACCGAAGCUCGAAUGCGCUCAGGCUGGCUAUGCACAUCUGAAGUUACGCUGGGGUGAGGGCAAAAGUCUCGAUCUUGCACGUUAUUACGUCGAGAUGGAAAACAGGCGUACCGGCGAGUUCCACAACGUGUACACCGGAACGCGCAACACGUGCAAGGUGAUGCGGCUGAACGAGCUGACUGCGUACACCUUCCGGAUAUGUGUCGAGACGCGGCAUGCCGGUAGGGGUGAGUUUUCGGACGGUUUCAGCUUCACGACGGCGGUCGCUGCACCGAACAGCAUUAAGGUACCGCGCGUUUGCGUUGAUCAUCCGGCGGCUGGUGCUGCUGCUGCUGCUGAUCCUGCCCGGCAUGGUUCGGUCACGAUCGAGUGGCAAACGAGUCGCAACAAUCCGUUCGUCGAUCCGAUCGAGUACAUUCUGCAGAUGGCCAAAGCUAGGGACCAAGAAUUUCAACAGGCUUACCGUGGACCCGAAACGCGAUUUACCGUGCACAAUCUGCAGCAUGGCGUCAGUUACGCCUUCAAGGUAUGUCCGGUGCGCGUGCGCCAGAACGGUGAGCACGUGAACGGACCAUUCUCACCGGUACUGAACCAUCAUCUGGCCGCGAACGUGCCCCGCUCGAGUGCGAACGCGGGCCGAUCGGGUCACGGUGCUGGAUCGGACGACGUCGACGGACGCACAAUGUUCCAGGGCAAUGUGGUUAACAGUCGGGGUGAGUUGGUACUGACAAAAUCGUCGGCCGGUGCCGGUCUGCUACUGUCCGGCACGAACGGGUACGGUCCGGAUGCGGAUGGGCAUCAUCAUGGGUCGCGCAGUGAGUCGGUAGCGUCGACCACGUUGCAACAGUUGCAGAAAUUCUUCGAACCAGACUCGAGCAAAGCGGUCGUGUGUGUGGCUGCCCUCUUCCUACUGUCCAUCAUUGUGGCCGCUUUCCUGAAGUAAAGCGGGAAAUGAGAUGCACACACACA